AUGGUACAAUGGCACAUGGAUCUCAGCCGUGAGCCUAUCCGGAGGCAAGCGGAAGCUGGGGGCGGCGAUGAGGAGCUGAUCGGUUUGCUGUGGCAUGCCUGCACAUGCCAGGGCGCAUGCUAUGGGACGAUGGUUGCUCACAUUGUUCUUGUCCCGGGCGGGCCAAAGCCAUUGCUGGCCGCUGAUCCUGCGCAGUUUGCUGUGCCCAUGCAGUUCUUCCGCCUCGUUUUGCUGUUGGCUGCUGCCACUGCCAGCAAGCACCGCAAUAGACAUGACAAGUGCGAAGAAGGCAGCCCAAGCUGCGUGCGUUCUUCGGGGCCCACGUUCCUGCAGUACAAACGUCGAGUGCACACUCUCGCCAAGUCCUCCCGCUGUCAAGGGGACGACCUCACUCUCUGCAAGCCAGAGGUAGAGUCCUGCGCGCCCUUCGCGGAAUGGCCAGAUGUGGACGGCGGUGUCACUUGCGGAGGCUGUCGAGCGCUCGUGAAGGCGGAGCCUUAUGAAGGACGAUGCGAUAGGUACUGCUCGAGCUUCGGGCAUCGAUGCAUUGCAGCUGCUGAAGAAAGAGCUGAGACCUGUGAGGUUGAGGAGGAGAAACGCUGCGACGAGGCGCCGGGGCGGGCUUUGGGCGGAAGGCGCCCUCUUCAUCAUGGAACCGUGGAGCCCAGUCGGUACUCCGAGCCCGCCGCCAAGCCCGCCGAGCACGACGCCAAGUCCACCGAGCACGACGCCGAGCCCGCCGAGCACGACACCGAGCCCGCCGAGCACGACACCCAGCCCGCCGAGCACGACGCCGAGCCCGCCGAGCACGACGCCGAGCCGGCCGAGCACGACGCCGAGCCCGCCGAGCACGACGCCGAGCCCGCCGAGCACGACGCCAAGCCCACCGCCCACGGAGCUCUGCGCGCCCUUCGCGGAAUGGCCAGAUGUGGACGGUGUUACUUGCGGAGGCUGUCGAGCACUCGUGCUCCUCGCUUGCAGCUCCUUCGUGUUCAAGUUUAG